GGAGGCCACAGUCUCCCCUUUAACGGUCAGUUGCGCGGAGGUUGCAGACUCGCGAGGUCGUGGCGACUGUGAUCCCUCGCGACAGUAGCCGUUGUUCCCUCGGCGACAAAGCCAUGGCCCGAAAUGCAGGGAAGGAAGACGUUGGCACAGCUAGGAAUCCAGGGUCAGUGGCCGGUGGGAGAGGGGGGCUCCGGAACCCGGACCCGUUGGAGGGCCGCAGCGAAGGGCAAAGCCCCAGCCGGAGUCGCUGUCCUUGUAACCGGCUGUCGGACAGGAUCUUCUCCGCCAUCGCUAACUCCUCGGGCCGAAAGGGCAUUUCCCUGGUCGCCUUGAAGCGGGAGCUCCUCGAGGACAAUUACGAUGUCCGCAAGAACAACUUUCGCAUCAACAAGGAGCUCCAGAACCUCGUCAACCGGGGAGUCCUCAAACGGGUCAGCGGGCGCGGGUCCUCGUCCACCUUCAGAGUCGCCAGGAACCCCAAGACCUCUACCCCCAAGAGGGCCCCCAGAAAACCGAAGAGCCAAACUGGGAGAUCAGGAAGGGUCAGGGGUCCGAGAGCUAUCCCCGUAGCCGCCGCCGGGGCCCCGGAGGAAGCUCAGGCGACACGGACCACCGAGCAGAGAAACGGAUCCGAAGGCCGACAGGCCAAAGCCCAGGGACCGUAGGCGGGGAUGGUCGCCACCUUCGGAUUUUUCGCUCCCGGACUCGUCGGCGAGGAAUCACAGGAAGAGUCCUUUUUCUAGCUAAUGCUUUUGGAGCGGGGUUAAAUCGUCCUAUAAGGGUGGCUUAAUAAUCUUCAAAUAGAGGAUUAAUCCAAGUUGA